UCUAGCAUGGACCGAAUCAUAAUAAUUGUUUGAGGGAAAACAAAAGUGUACAUAAAAACAAUAAUAAAAUCUAAAAAAAAUCAGUUUUGUGUAUUGAAAAGAAUAACUAUCUAAAGUUUUCUAAAACAAAAAAAUAAAAACAUACCUACUAUUUAAUCUGCAAAUAUUUCAAGUGGUACCCAUUUUCUAAGCCCAUGCUGUACAUAUUGUUUGUGAAUUCAGCCGUUCAAUUGUUGACACAACAUUCCUAACAAAUUCGGUACAUCUUUAAUUUAAUGGAACUGAAGUCCAUAGAAAACUCUUCACCGGAGGAGGAGGAUGUGUUUCACUUUGAGUCCGAGCACCUCGCCCUUCGUGGCAACCAGUGCUAUGCCAAGUUGCUGCGCACAAUAGCUGUGCUGCAGGCUCAAAGGAUUCACGUUCAUAAGCAGAUCGAUGAGCUGGAAGCGACGCAGAAGGUCUUCUUGGAUAACCCACAGCUGAUGCUAGACAAACUGCGGAACAACGAGCCCUUGAUAUCGGAUAAAUACAUCACAACGGCUGUGUUGCCGGAGUUGCCCACAUUGAGCACCACUGAUGAAGGAGGUGGGGUAAACGAGACUCCAGCGGGGGCUUCAUGGACGCAACCGCCGGACGAGAUUAGGGACAGGAGCGGCGGACGGUCAGAGAACUUCAACCGCUUGUGGACCAACGAAGAGCAGCGCCGUUUGGAGCAGCUGCUCAUCCAGUAUCCGCCGGAGGAGGUGGAAAUGCGGCGAUUCGCCAAGAUAGCCAAGGCCUUGGGCAACCGCACACCCCAACAGGUCUUUAGCCGCAUCCAGAAGUACUUUCAGAAACUGCACGACGCCGGCAUGCCGGUGCCCGGACGGAUUCCCAAGCACCGGAGGCCGGGGCUUAGUAAGCCCAAGGUCAACUUACGUAGGUCAACGUUCUUUCCCGCCCAAAACAUAUCGCUGCAAAUGCCGGAAGACGAGUGCACACUGGAUGACCUGCGUGUCCUAUCUCCUGCCAACGAGAUGCUCCUGAUGCCAGCAUCCUCGCAAAUCAAGGUCGAACCUAAGACCGAACCCGAACCCGUAGAUGCCGAUCUGGAUGCGGAGGCAAGGCGCAAGCAGGAAUUGCGUCUCAAGCUUCUGUCAACAAUCCACGACGAGAAGCAGCAGAUCGAGAAUGGUUACGAGCCCGAUCCAAUGGCGCCCAAGUGCGCCGAAUGUGAGGAGUCGUCUGUCACCAGGACCCAAUGGCGUUGCAAUAGCUGUUAUUGUCACCUGAAUCUGUGCGGAGACUGCUUGGCCAGCCAGUUAAUCGAAGGACGCUUCGAACACUUGAGCCACGAAAUUGUGGUAGACCAAGAAUCAUGAAAGCGUAAGACUAGAAAGCAGGUUGGCUAAGAUCGACAAGGAAUGAAAAGAUACGUAUUCAGCAUGUAUAAAUUCUUUGUAUUAAAAAGUAAUAAAAUUAAAUUUAGAUCUAAA